UCUCUACUCCAACUUCUCCGGUCGUCACUUGCCUCCCCGCCACCACCCCCAACCACCGCGAUCCUGGAGAGUAAUCGAGUUUUGGUCCAGAACGAAGGAGACGAUCAAUCGUUAUGCUCUAAAUUGUGGAUUUGUCAGUUUUAUUUGUUGAUAUAUUCCCUUGCUGUGAGAAUUGUAGCUUGAACAGCAAACGAAAUUUGAUUUCAGUCAAUGUCUGCUCAAGCGUUUUUCAAAACUGUGAAACAAGUUUUCCCCAAGAAAUCUGAUGCAGAAAUUGCCAGUUCCAUCUCCAAAACCCUAAUAAAAUCUACCUGGAAUGGCCUAGAUAUCAACCCCUCUCUAAUUUCCAGUAUCAAUCCCCAAGUGGCCCGCAUUGUUCUCUCCAACCCCCAUGUCCCACACCUUUCUUGCUUAAACUUCUUCAAAUUCCUCCAAAAGAACCAGUCUUUGACAGUCAGCAAACCUGAUCUUCAAGCACACAUAAUCCUUGUUUUGCGGUUGUUUAGAGCCAGAAAGUUCAAUCAUGGGAAGGAUAUAUUGAAUGCUGUUGCUGCUGAUGAUAGUCUUAGGCGCCCGGUGUCAGAAAUAGCAGAUUUAGCGAGGGAGAAUAAUGGAAAUCCAAAGAUGGUUGUAAAACUGAUGGAUAUGUUGCUUCGGGUUUAUGUUGAUAACAUGAGGUUUAAGGAAGCUGAGGAGGUUUUUGACUAUUUGAAGAAUAAUGAGUUUGAGAUUGAUGACAGAUCUUGUAUGGUUUACUUGCUUGCAGUUAAAAGAUCUAAUCAAUUUCACUCCAUGUUUGAGUUUUUCCAGAAGAUGGUGGAGGCAAAUGUGAAGAUUACAGUUUAUUCAAUGACGAUGGUGAUUGAUGGAUUGUGUAAAAGGGGAGAAGUGGAUAAAGCAAGAAAAUUGAUGGAUGACAUGCUUUGUAGAGGUGUAAAACCUAAUGAAUAUACUUAUAAUACAUUGUUGGAUGGGUAUGUGAAGAAUUCAGACCUUGGGGCUGUAAAAGAAAUGUUAAAUGAGAUGGAGAAGGAAGGAAUGGAGCUCAAUGCAACAAGCUACACGGUUCUAAUAGAAGGUUAUUCAAACUUGGGGAAUUUUGAAGAGGCUGAGAAAUUGUUCGAGAAAAUGCAGCAGAAAAACAUAGAGCCAGAUGUUCAUCUGUACACUUGCAUGAUUAGUAGUUACAGUAAGUCGGGUAAUCUUAAAAAGGCGUUUUUGCUGUUCGACCAAUUGGUUGAGAGAGGCCUUGUUCCUAAUGCUCACACGUAUGGAUCUCUGAUAAAUGGCCUGUGCAAAAAUGGGCAAAUGGAUGCUGUGAAAAUUUUGCUUAAUGAGAUGCAUUGCAAAGGAAUCAGCAUAAACCAGAUCAUAUUUAAUACAACAAUGGAUGGGUAUUGUAAGAAAGGAAUGAUAGAUGAAGCAUGGAAACUGCUAGAAAUUAUGGAAAGCAAAGGACUUAAAGCUGAUGCUUACGUAUAUAAUAUAAUAGCCACAGGGUUGUGUAAACUGGGUCGGCAAGAGGAAGCUAAGACUUGGUUGUUUUCAAUGGUGGAAAGAGGUGUGAAUUCCAACGUCGUUACUUAUACAACUUUGAUUGAUAUUUAUUGCAAGGAAGGAAAUUUUGUUGAAGCGAAAAGGAUGCUUCGCGAGAUGGAAAAUAAAGGGGUGAAACCCAAUACCGUGACAUACAAUGCUCUGAUAGAUGGGUAUUGCAAGAAAGGUCUGAUGAAGGAAGCUUAUAAGAUUAGAGAUGAUAUGGUAAGUAAGGGACUGAAGCCCGAAGUUUAUGCGUACACCUCACUUCUUCAUGGGGAAUGUAUAUCUGGAAAUGCAGAUGCUGCUUUGAAACUCUUCAAUGAGAUGAGUGCAAAGGGUUUGGUCCCAACAGUAGUGUCUUACACAGCACUGAUUUCAGGUUUGUCAAAAGAGGGCAGAUCAGAAGAAGCUUUCAGAUUGUACGAUGAAAUGAUAGAGGCAGGCCUUACACCUGAUGACACCGUAUACUCUUCUCUUGUGGGUAGCCUUCAUAGUUCUGGACAAAUCUCAUCUUUGAGGACCACUUGAUGUUACCUUUAGCAAACCAAAAAGGAAACACUUAAACCACCUUUGUUUGCUUAAGCCUUGAGCUCUUGCAUGGAGACAAAGACACCAUCGUUCCUGUAACUCAUGGAGGAUUCAAUCUGUGUCACUUCCAUACUUAAACUCAAAACACAAUUUGCCAUAUCUUGACGAUUUCAACAGGCACUUAUAAAAGCCUGGCACUCAACUGUUCAGCUGAACUGCAGGCUAAACACUUCAUUGCAUCAUAGGGCCCUUAUGCUUAAACAACAGGAUGAUUUAUUAGGGGUUUUGUGCUUACAUGUUGACCAUCCUCAUUGAGUUUUGAGUACAUUUUAUGAAAGAAACUAUGGUGUACUAGUUUGUGCCAUUAGCUGUAGUCUUCUUUUUGACGUUUAUUGUAAUUCUCUGCUGAGUAUAGAAUACCCGAGCUGUGAAUGUAGGUUACUGGUUUUUGUUCA